AUCACCCAAUACACAUUUAUUAAAUGCCUGCUAUGUACCAGACAUAAAUCUUAGGACAGGGGCUAAAAAGGCAAAUAAAAUCAGUCCCUGAUCUCAAGGGGCUUACAUCCUAAUAGGGGAAAUUACCUGUGCAUCUGCGAUUAUAUACAAGAUAGAUACAAAAUCAUUACAAGUUUGCUUCAGAGGGGAAGACACUUGGAACAGAGCAGGAAAGGCUUCCUGCAGAUGAUGGCACCUGAGUUGAGUUUUGAAGGAAGGCAAGAAUUCUAGGUAGAGGAGAGGUGGGCAAUCUAUCUAUCUAUCUAUCUAUCUAUCUAUCUAUCUAUCUAUCUAUCUAUCUAUCUAUCUAUCUAUCUAUCUAUAUCUAUAUAUCUCACUUAGCCAUUCACAUAGGACAGUCAAUAUAACUAAACAGAGAUUAGAGAUAGGGUGCUGCCUAUAUAGAACCAGUAACCCAAUAUAGCUGGAUGGUAGUGUUUCGGAGAGGAGUAAUACAUAGGGAGACUGCAGAGAUAAUAAUGGGUGAGUUGUGAAAUACUUGAAACACCAUAGUUUGUAUUUGAUGCUAGAGGUAAUAGGGAGCUACGGAGUAGUUUGAACUUUGGGAAAACCAUUUUGGCAAGAUAUUGAAGUGAAGAAAGAAUUGGGACUGGGAGACAUAUUACUAGGUUGUUUCAAUUGUCCAGGUGGGAAAUUAACUGAUCAGGGCCUGAAAUGGAGUGGAGACAAAGGUUAGAAGAAAAGUGGCCAUUGAAAUAAUAAGAUUUGGCUAUGUGGAGCCACUGAGUUUAGGAUGGCAUUCAGGGCUCCAAAGCUGGGUAGUUGGAAGGAUGAAGAUGCCUUCCAUGGAAGCUGGGAAGAGGUAAAGACUGAUAGCUUUGAGAGGAAAGAUAAUAAAUUGUAUUGAACAGCUCCUUGUACAGUAGACUGAUGAGCUGACUUGGAGUCAGGAAGUAUCAAUACUUGCUCUAUGACCUUGGGCAAGUCACUGAAUCCCUCUCAAGGUCAGUAUCCUCCUUUGUACAAGGACACUAAUCUUACAGGGUUGUGGUGAAGCUCAUUUGACAUAACAUAUAGAAAGCACUCUAUAAAUACUACCUAUGAUUGUGUCAUGUUAAAAGACCCAGAAGGUCUUUAGCAUGUCAGAUCUAGAAAGAUAUCCCCGUUGAGCAGGAAGACACAGACCGACACUGUUCAGAGAGGCCCCGGAUGAGCCUGAAGGCUCCGUGAUGAAGGGGCUGAGGCAAUGACUUCUAAAUACCAGAUACUAAUCAGAGAACUGUCACAUUGUCACUAUUUUUGCUCAUAUGGUUUAUUUAACUUUCCCCUUUUUAUCAAGUCAAAAGUGGUUUCCUAGCAUUUAAGGCAAUUAAGCUUGGGACCAAUCCAAGAACAAAUUAUCACUUUGAUGGCUCACCAAAAAGUCCUUUGAUGAGCUAAGAGUCCAAGGCAGCAUCGAUCCUUACAUAAACAAAUGCGAAGGUCUAGAACAGAGGUAGCAACAGGGGCGCAACAGCUGAGAACUGAUGGUCUGCAAGUCUUCUGUUCUUGUAAAAGAGUUCCCUAGGCUUGACCGAGAUCUCAGCGAGGUUCAGGUCAGAGGAGGCAAAGGAGCCCUUCCCUGAGAGGGACUUCCAAAGGGACCGAGAAGACUUGGGCAAAGCACGGAGGCAGUGUGAGCGGGUAGCCAGUGGACGGACGUUUUUGGACUCCUUUUCCUCACUUUCCUCAGCUGUGAGAGGAUGGACUUGUACUAGGUAACUACCGAGGUCCCUUCCGCUUCUCGAGCUCUGAUCCCAAAGGAGGAAAAGGCAUGGAUCGGGCUGGAGGGAAGCAGGCAGGAUCCCCAAUGUCCUCUGGCCGUGGCAGAACAGAUCUAGCAUCGGCUUCGGCAGCAGCAGCAGUUGCGGCUGCCUUCGGUUCUCAUCUAAAGUGAGCAGAAGUUGCAAAGCCUGCAGGCGAGGUGAGCCAGCCUCAGGCGGCUGGAGAGGCCCCUCCCCCAGUGUCCUGGAAGCCCCGAGCUCCAAUGACGCCCAGAGCAGGAGCAAUGGGAGAGAGGGGUGGGGUGGUGGGGGAGUGGGGUGGGGAGCAGAGAGGAGGGCCGGACCGAGUCCGAUCUAAGGACGGCCGAGGCUACUCACUGCCUUAAAUAUGGAUCGCAGACUUGCACUUCCAAGGCGGCGGCGGCAGCAGCAGCAGCAGCAGUGGCGGCAAGGGCAGCGGCAUCAGCAGCACCAGCGGCGGUGGUGGUAGCAGCAGCGGCAGCAGCGGCAGCAGCUGGCCUCCGCUCUCCACAGCAGUCCACGCCAAGCCACGCGCGCCCCAGGCCGUGCCUCUAGCCAGGCACCACUGCAGCAUGAUUAGUUAUUGGCAGUCAUAUCGGUGAUCCCAAUACAAAGGCAGACGCAACAGAAAGAAACGUAGAGAAGACACGCACACGCGCGUGCGCGCGUACACACACACACACACACACACACACACACACACACACAAUAACUCCCCCCCCUCAUUUACACAAACACACAAGCCGGGCACACACACGCCAGACACACACGCGCUUUCAUUCGAUCAGGCCGGCCUGUGGAAGGGCCGUCUCCCACCCUCCCGUUCCCGGGCUUUCAGGCGUGCCAGGCACAGAAGAGUCUGUCCUCCGGUCCCAGCAGUGUCCUCGGCCCUCACCCCACUUCUCCCAGAAGUUGUGGCGGCCCGCCUGCUCGCUCUUCUCGGCUCUCUGGGCUCCGCAGUGUGCGGCUGCUCCCGGAGGCUAGUGGAGUAGCACCGAGCGCUGCCCCCGCAGGUUGAAAACUUCCCUCACCUCCCGCCGGCCGCGCGGCACGGCGCCUACGCCGGGAGGCUCCCGGCUCCUGCUCGCCUUACCGCUCUCCCCCCCGCCCCUCGGAGCCACAAACAGCGGCUGCCUUGGCAGCCCCCGACUCUGCUGCCAAGCUGGAGGAGCGACGCAAGCCAGAUCCCAGGAGGAUGGAGGAUGAAGCCGUCCUGGACAGAGGGGCUUCCUUCCUGAAACAUGUGUGUGAUGAAGAAGAAGUUGAAGGUGCUACCUUGGGAAUAUGAGCUUCAGGAAAUGAUUCUUGGAGAUGAUCCCCCUGACCUUGGAUUUGGGCAGAGUUCGGCAGAAGGGGGACCAGGUCACCACACCAUCUACAUUGGGGUUCAUGUACCGAAGAGCUAUCGACGGCGGCGGCGCCACAAGAGGAAGGCGGGCCAUAGGGAAAGGAGGGAGAAGGAAAGAAACUCAGAGAACUAUUCUGACAAAUCUGAUGUGGAGAAUGCAGAUGAGUCAAGCAGUAGCAUCCUCAAACCACUCAUCUCUCCGGCAGCCGAGCGUAUCCGCUUCAUCCUGGGGGAGGACGAUGACAGCCCGGCGCCCCCUCAGCUCUUCACUGAAUUGGAUGAGCUCCUGGCAGUGGAUGGGCAGGAGAUGGAAUGGAAAGAGACAGCCAGGUGGAUCAAGUUUGAAGAGAAAGUGGAACAAGGUGGAGAGAGAUGGAGCAAACCUCAUGUGGCCACGCUGUCCUUACACAGUUUAUUUGAACUGAGGACAUGCAUGGAGAAGGGAUCAAUAAUGCUGGAUCGGGAAGCUUCCUCUCUCCCUCAGUUGGUAGAGAUGAUUGUUGACAAUCAGAUCGAGACGGGUCUCUUGAAAGCUGACCUGAAGGAUAAAGUGACCUACACUUUGCUCCGGAAGCAUCGGCAUCAGACUAAGAAAUCCAAUCUCCGAUCAUUGGCUGACAUUGGGAAGACCGUCUCCAGUGCAAGUAGGAUGUUUUCCAACCCUGAUAAUGGUAGCCCAGCCAUGACUCCUAGGAAUUUGACUUCUUCAAGUUUGAAUGACAUUUCUGACAAACCAGAGAAGGACCAGUUAAAGAAUAAGUUCAUGAAGAAACUUCCCCGUGAUGCAGAGGCCUCCAAUGUCCUGGUUGGGGAAGUGGACUUCCUGGAGAGUCCAUUCAUUGCCUUUGUACGAUUGCAGCAGGCUGUCAUGCUGGGCGCCUUGACUGAGGUUCCAGUGCCCACAAGGUUCCUGUUCAUUCUCUUGGGUCCUAAGGGAAAGGCCAAGUCUUAUCAUGAGAUUGGCAGAGCCAUUGCUACUUUGAUGUCUGAUGAGGUGUUCCAUGAUAUUGCUUACAAAGCAAAGGAUAGGCAAGACCUGAUUGCUGGAAUUGAUGAGUUCUUGGAUGAAGUCAUCGUCCUUCCCCCAGGGGAAUGGGAUCCAACCAUUAGGAUAGAGCCUCCAAAGAGUCUUCCAUCAUCAGACAAAAGGAAGAAUAUGUACUCAGGUGGAGAGAAUGUGCAAAUGAAUGGAGACACCCCCCAUGAUGGAGGUCAUGGAGGGGGAGGGCAUGGGGACUCUGAAGAACUCCAGCGAACAGGAAGGUUCUGUGGAGGACUAAUUAAGGACAUAAAGAGGAAAGCACCCUUUUUUGCCAGUGACUUUUAUGAUGCUUUAAAUAUCCAAGCUCUUUCCGCCAUCCUUUUCAUUUAUCUGGCGACAGUCACCAACGCGAUCACUUUCGGUGGACUGCUGGGGGAUGCCACGGAAAACAUGCAGGGUGUCUUGGAGAGCUUCCUGGGCACAGCAGUCUCUGGAGCCAUCUUUUGUCUUUUUGCUGGCCAACCACUCACUAUCUUGAGCAGCACAGGACCUGUCCUCGUCUUUGAGAGACUUUUAUUUAAUUUCAGCAAAGACAAUGGUUUUGACUAUCUGGAAUUCCGUUUGUGGAUCGGUCUGUGGUCCGCCUUCCUGUGUCUCAUCCUGGUGGCCACGGAUGCCAGCUUCUUGGUGCAGUACUUUACCCGAUUCACUGAAGAGGGUUUCUCCUCCCUGAUUAGCUUCAUUUUCAUCUAUGAUGCAUUCAAGAAGAUGAUCAAGCUGGCUGAUUACUAUCCUAUUAAUUCCCACUUCAAAGUGGACUACAUCACUCAUUUCACUUGUGCCUGUUUGCCUCCAGAAGGAGCCAAUGAGUCGACUUUUGGUGAUACGACCUCUUCUCCCAUAGAUUUAUUGAUGCCUACUGCUACUGUUAUGUCUCAUAAUGCCACCAUUGACUGGGCAUCAUUGUCCAAGAAGGAGUGUUUGAAGUAUGGUGGGGAGCUCAUGGGCAACAGCUGCAAAUAUGUUCCUGAUAUCACACUUAUGUCCUUUAUCCUCUUCCUUGGUACAUACACAUGUUCUAUGGCCCUGAAGAAGUUCAAAACUAGUCGCUACUUUCCCACUAUGGCAAGAAAACUUAUUAGUGACUUUGCCAUUAUCCUGUCCAUCCUCAUUUUUUGUAUUAUCGAUGCCUUGGUAGGUGUGGACACUCCAAAACUAAUUGUGCCAAGUGAAUUCAAGCCAACAAGUCCCAAUCGAGGCUGGUUUGUUCCACCCUUUGGAGGGAACCCCUGGUGGGUGUACCUUGCAGCUGCUAUUCCUGCCUUGCUGGUCACCAUUCUGAUUUUCAUGGACCAACAAAUCACAGCUGUUAUUGUCAAUAGAAAAGAACAUAAACUCAAGAAGGGAGCUGGCUAUCAUCUGGAUCUCUUCUGGGUAGCCGUUCUUAUGAUAGUAUGUUCUUUCAUGGCUCUCCCCUGGUAUGUGGCCGCUACUGUCAUCUCCAUUGCUCACAUCGACAGUUUGAAGAUGGAGACGGAGACAUCUGCACCUGGAGAACAACCCAAGUUUCUAGGAGUCAGGGAACAAAGAGUCACUGGAACUCUUGUGUUUAUUCUGACUGGUCUGUCUGUCUUUAUGGCUCCCAUCUUGAAGUUUAUUCCCAUGCCUGUACUCUAUGGCGUGUUCCUGUACAUGGGGGUCGCAUCCCUGAAUGGCGUGCAGUUCAUGGAUCGUCUGAAGCUGCUUCUGAUGCCUCUCAAGCACCAGCCUGACUUCAUCUACCUUCGCCAUGUCCCUCUGCGCCGUGUGCACCUCUUUACUUUCCUCCAGGUGCUCUGCUUGGCCCUUCUCUGGAUCCUCAAGUCCACAGUGGCCGCCAUUAUCUUUCCAGUCAUGAUACUGGCUCUUGUAGCUGUCAGAAAAGGCAUGGACUACCUCUUUUCCCAGCAUGACCUCAGUUUUCUUGAUGACGUCAUUCCAGAAAAGGACAAGAAAAAGAAGGAAGAUGAGAAGAAAAAGAAAAAGAAAAAAGGCAGUCUGGAUAGUGACAAUGAUGAUUCUGACUGCCCUUACUCCGAAAAAGUUCCAAGUAUUAAAAUUCCAAUGGACAUCAUGGAACAACAGCCUUUCCUAAGUGACAACAAACCCGCUGACAGAGAAAAGUCACCAACAUUCCUUGAACGCCACACAUCAUGCUGAUAAAAUUCCUUUCCUUCAGUCACUUGGGAUACCAAGCCCUCCUAGGACUCCAGUAAAAGUUGUGCCUCAAAUUCGAAUAGAACUUGAACCUGAAGAUGAUGGUUAUUUCUGGAGGAGCAAGGGAACAGAAUCUACGUUGUAACCUGUUUGUCUCUUAACACUGAAUUCUUUUCUUGUUGUGGAAAAUGAUGUUUUUCUUCAGUUUGUGUCUUUUUUGUCCCUAGCCAAAUAUCCCAGUACCCUUUGCUUCCAUCCUGUGUGGGGAAAAUUGUGACAAGAGUGCACUUUUAUAGAUGAUGAAUUUUCCUUGAAGAAUUUUCCUGUUCUCAAAUAUAUAUUUUGGCAGGUUUUUUUUUGCCACCCAAAACACAGACAGACAGACAGACAGAAAGACAGACAGACACACACACACUCACUCACACUACUAUCACCAUCACCACCAUUCUUUUCCUUUUGCAUCAUUAAAAAAAAGAUUUUGUAAUGGAUUUCACUAAAGCAUCAAGAUUACUGACAACUUUAGCAGGGAAGUUAGAUUUGCUGGCUUAUUCUUCUGUCUAGUUGAACCAAGUCUGAAUGACCUCCAGUUAAAUUCAGUGUCUUUGCUGACCUAGAUUCCCACCCCUAAAAAAUGCUGCUACCUAACUAGUCCAUGCUCUUAAACUCUUCCCUAGUAGUCUGAAAAGAAGGUACUGAUUUCACUCCCUGCACAGAGAUACUCUGGCCAUUAUUGUAGCAUGUUUUGGAAGUCCCAUUUCCUAUGCAACUUUUAUUUUAACCCUCUAAUGGGUUUAUCUGUUGAGUCUUUUGAAGAAUAUUUUUCUUCCUAGAUUUUGUUGUUUAAACUAUGGGGGCCUAACCUGCAACUUAUUUUGUUUGUCAAUUUUUUAAACUUUUUUUAAAUUACUGUAAAGAAAAUGAAUUUUUUCCUGCAGCAGGAAAUCUAGUUUUGAGUAGUUCUACCUCCUAUCUGUAGCUGCCAGGCUUUCUGUAAAAACAACAUAUUGUAAAUAAUGUGAUUUUUGUACACCUAAACACACACACGCACACAAUCUUGAGGACGUCAUGGGGCUGGAUCUGAUGAUAAGCACCGUGUUUCUAAAGCAUUAUUUUUUUAAAAUUUCUUUCUUCCUUCUUUUCUUUUUUUUUUUUUUUAAAGUUCUAUGAAGGAGAUGGGAAAUGGGGGCCGUUAACUACUUUGUGGUUUUAGAAUAUAGUAAAUAUAAUGGCAAUUAAUAAUGUACUCACUGGUGAUUGUAUUCUCAUGUUGAUAUCCUAUGCAGUAUUUUCUUUUUUUUAGAAUUCUUUCACAUAAAAACAGCGGUGUUUUUAUGUAUGUUCAUGGAUGUAGUCUGCAUGUAGCCAAACCUGCAUGCAAAGCUAGAAAGAGAAGGACUGUUGGCAAGCGAAUGAAUGAGCUAUUGAGCCUCAUGUAUCAGUUUUUGGAAAACAUGGGUCUGACUCAUAAUUGACAAGACCAUUCAGGAGUUGGAGUGAGAGGCUAAUGUGGGCAGAUACAUUUUAUUUCUCAGAAACCUGUCACCAAUAAAUCCGCAAGCAUGUACUGGUCACCAUACCCACGUGAGCUUAUCGGGAAGUACGUAGGUGUAGCCACCAUGCACUGUACAUAUACACUGUUCUGGGUUGUUAUUUUUUUUUUAAUGAGCAAGAUGAAUGUCGUUUGUGAUUGGGAUCUUUUUAAAGUCGGGUUUUUGUAUAUAUGUUUCUAAAUUAACACAGCAUAAUGAAAAUCAGGCAUUUAGACACCAAAUUUAGCAUGGCAUUUUAAGCAUAUCCUUUUAAUAGGUUGCAUUGUAUAUUGUGAAUGUGCAUUCGACACAAUGUUUGAAAUGUCUACACUCUAAGAGUCAUAUAACCACUUUUCUGAUGCAGACACACUGUAACAAAUAGGGGACGGGGGACUGGGACCAGAAGGAAACCGUUGGCUUUGGUUUUCCGAUACCUGUCGCAUUGUGGGUCCCAUUCCAAGACCAUAAAUCUGAAUAGGACGUCUGUCCCAGGGGAAAAUCUUUUGAAAAACCCAGCUUGUGAAGAGACCACAUUCAAAGCAGCUCUCAUCCUGAAUAUUUGCUUUCUUUGUAGUACCAAAUAACUGUAACAGUGGAAUCCAGUGUAAACUAUGGAUUUUUGUUACAGCCUCCAAGGGUUUUAUUUAAUGGAGAAAAAUACCUUUUUGUGGUGCUGAGACCUCACAUGUCGAAUUCUUGCUGCACAUUUAAAGUGAUCACUCUCCUUACAACCACUAAUUAAAUAUAUUUAUCUAGGUCUCCCCCUCUCCCGCAGCCAAGCAUCUGUGAAUGUUUCCUCCUCUGUCUUAUUGAAGGAAACAUUCAGCUAAAUGUAGAAAAUAAAUCAUCUAUGAGAAAACUUCUGACAUAUUAAAGAUCCCAUCUUUUAAGGCAAUCUGGACAAUAAUGAGUGGUCUUGUUUGAUUAUCAGUUCAAUUCAACUCAACAAAUUCUUGUUAAGUGUCCUGUGUGACCAGAGCACUAGGUUAGGUCCUGGGAGAAAUACAAAGUUUAGAGAAGGUUUGCACCCUACUCUCUCAGAGCCUAGAAUCUCGGUGUCUAGACUGGGAGCCAUAUUUAGUUCUUUCAGAGAACGCCAAAAUGAUGAAAAGACACCAGUGGUAUAUGCGAAAUUCUGGCCCAUUGACAUAGAUUUACACUUCUCUUCUGCAUUUUUAAUGGCAAAGACUGUUUGUACUAUAUGCCUAUAAUUAGACACUAAAUCUGAUUUUUAAUAAGAAAGCUGACUUAGAUGAGAUGAAGACACAAUAUUCCAUUUUCACUUCCUAGGGAAAAGACUUAAGAGCCAACCCUUUCAUCAUCUUUUACCCCUUAAAACAAAUUGUAAAGGCAUUCUUUUCAAAGAAGGGGUCACUACACAUGAAAAAGGUUAUGUCUAUACACACAGGGUUGGUGGGCUGUUUGUGCUUUUACUGAAUUGAUGUCCAUAAUUUGUUUUAGCAAAAUGUAGCAAAUUGCCAGGCCAUUGUAUUAUUGGUUAGACACAGCCUUCAUCAGAUUAUAUGGAAAAGUCCAAUAAUUCCCACAAUGUCCAGCACCUUUGGACAUAAAUAAGUGAGCCCUAGGAGAUUCAAGUUGAUAGAUGCAAAUAGCAGGCAGUGAAUGGAUUAAAAGUGUUCCUUAAUGAAAUGCCAGAUAAAUUUAGGUAAGCCAAGGCCUUUUACAACUGAUGUAUCAGCAUAUUGUAGGGAGAAAGGCAGUCACAUUUGACACAGCUGACUUUGUACCAAUUUCUUAGCAAAAGUCAUAGCUUGAAAAUCAGAUUCAUGUGUAUAUUCUAAAUCCUGAUCUUCUGUUGUCUUGUCGCACUCCCUCCAUGUUUUAAACAACUGGACGUGGUAGUUUUAUUUGUGAAGACAGAAAUGGAAAAAAAAAUUACCAGAGGAGGGGGAGAGGAGCCUGACUUUACUGCAUUAGAUAUGAAAUAUAAUUUGAAGAAUAGACAUGUUACAUAUAUAGAGUAUAUAACAUAUACAUGCAUAUGUCCAUGUGAUACACAAACACUUAGAGAAUGAGUAUUUUGUUGACAGCUUGUGAUCAAUAUCCAGAAAAACCUAGUCUUCCAGGGGGUUUGAACCAUGUUUAAGUACUUGAAAUGUAUUGACUGCUGAAUUCUAUGUUUAAAAAGAGAAACGUUUGUUCUCUUCUGCAGAGGUUGGCAUUGUUUGGGAAUGGGACAAAGAUUUCUGGAUUUCUCUUCACACAACUUAAUUCCUUUGUUGCUGGAGCCUGGCAUUUUUCUUGCAUUAUAGGAUAUUUUUGGCAUUAGCUCAUGAACUGCAAGAACGUAAAACCUGGUAGCUCCAGGUGAUCAAGAACUACCCAGUGAUCUCCUACAUGGCCUCUGACUAUCAGGAGAACCCUGGGAUUUUUCAGAUCUAGAAAUUCAUUGUACUUUGUUUCAGCCUUGACAUUAGAAGGAAAAAAAAACCCAACAACUUAUGCAAUAUAUGCUAACCAGUCCAAAUAUGCUUGGACCAGAAAUUUGGGAUAUGGUUUAUUUUUCAGCUCAUUACUUUGUGCUCUGUGGGAGCAUAUCAAAAUGCAAGCUUCUGAUACUUCCUUGGCAAAUAUUGCAAAGAGAUUCAAACUCAGGGCUAAAGUUAUCCAGUCAAACUUUUCAGAGCCAGAAAUCACUUUGUCCCAGACCUACAAUGUGAAAAGGGUGAAUGAAUCCUUGCCACUUUUUUUCACCUGUCUAGCCAUUUUCUUGGCUAAAGCAUCUCCAUACACAUGACUUUGGAAUCGAAUUGAUACGCACUUUCAGAUACUCUUAUUUUUAUUCUCUUAAAAGUCUUUAUUAGCUUUGGAGAAAUGAUGCUUCUUUUUAUUUUAAAUGAAGUAGAUCAACGUGCUGGAACAAAUUGAAAAAAGAGCAGAAAACAUUUCAAUAUACUAAUGAUAAUUUUUUCCAAUAUAAAACAUGAAAUUCCUAUAACAUAUAGUAUUUUACAGUUUUAUGAAGCUUUCUAUUUGUGACUUUUAUGGAAUCAAGAGAUGAAGAAGAUGAGAUAUUUUAGCAUUUAUAUUUUUCAAAAUUAAAUGUAUACUUAAAUAAAUAACUUUAUGCAUUUA